GAAUUGCUAUAAAAAACGUAGCGACGACAGCCGAAACUUAUGUAUUAAAUUUGCAAUAACUCGUCUCUUAUUUAUAAUUGUUUGGCAAACGUACGAAGGAAAUGUCUGAAAUGACGAGACUACACGGAUGUAAUAUACUCAUUAUCGGUGACAAUGACAACCUCAUCAACAAAUAUGGCCAUACCGUAACGAUUGUCUGUGGCUACGAUCCGCAAGGAAUGAGUGUACGCAUUUUAAAGGCAGGCACACAACAUCAGCUAGAAGAAUAUCCGGUUAGCGCGAAAACGACCCAUCUUAAUCAUGGUCCCACAUCACAUAUUUUUGUAGCAGGGGGUGAAAUGAUAUAUGUCAAGUUUGGCUGUAAAAACGAUUGUCAGUUGUUCCGGCAACUGCUACAAAAAUUAUCCGGAAAGGUUAAUUCAGUAUUCAACCUCCGUACGGAGGAUUCUUCAGCAUCACAGUAUUUCCAGUUUUAUGGUUAUCUCUCGCAGCAGCAAAAUAUGAUGCAGGAUUUCGUUCGAACCAGUACCUAUCAACGAGCGAUCUACAGCAAUUCGCAGGAUUUUCACAACAAAGUCAUAUUAGAUGUUGGUGCAGGAUCCGGAAUCCUAUCGUUUUUUGCCGUCCAGGCUGGUGCAGCUAAAGUAUACGCAGUAGAAGCAAGUAACAUGGCUCAGUAUGCGCAGCAGCUGGUCCAGUCAAACAAUCUCGAAGGAAAAAUAACUGUCAUUGCUGGAAAAAUCGAAGAAAUUGAACUUCCCCAGAAGGUGGAUGUUAUUAUAUCUGAGCCAAUGGGUUAUAUGCUGUAUAAUGAACGCAUGUUGGAAACUUACCUUCAUGGUAAAAAAUGGCUCAAACCAGACGGAAAAAUGUUUCCUUCGCGUGGCGAUCUUCAUGUAGCGCCUUUUACUGACGAAGCUCUCUACAUGGAGCAGUAUAACAAAGCCAAUUUCUGGAUGCAAACUGAAUUUCAUGGUGUAAAUUUAGUUGCACUUCGUGACGCAGCCAUGAAAGAAUAUUUUCGCCAACCGAUUGUUGACACAUUUGAUAUUCGUAUUUGUAUAGCCAAGUCGAUUAGGCAUACUACAAAUUUUUUAACGGCAGACGAAAAAGAUUUACAUCGUAUACAAAUUGAUGUGGAAUUUCAUAUUCUGGAAACAGGAACCUGCCAUGGAUUGGCUUUUUGGUUUGACGUAGAAUUCGCUGGAACAUGCUCACAAAUUUGGCUUUCUACAGCCCCAACGGAAUCGCUUACUCACUGGUAUCAGGUGCGAUGUUUGCUGCAAACGCCUGUUUUCGUGAAACAAGGACAGGUGCUUUCAGGAAAGGUUGUUUUGUUAGCCAAUCAGAGGCAGAGCUAUGAUGUCGAGAUUGAUUUGAAACUAGAAGGCACAAUGAUUACUUCUUCCAACACAUUAGAUCUUAAAAAUCCUUACUUCCGGUACACUGGAGCUCCCGUUCCAGCACCACCGGGAUCUAAUACUACAUCACCAAGUGAAGCAUAUUGGGGACAGCUAGAUGCUCAAGGCGCCCGAAAUGCUGUAAAUCUUGUUAAUGGCAUUACAGUUAACGGGCUAGGCGAGGUUGAUAUGUCUAUAAUUAAUACCAAUUUAUUGCCAAUGAGCAAUCAACCAAACAUUCAUCCGGGUUUGAUAUCUAGCACCGGAAGACAACAAUCACAGCAGCAGCAGGUUACACCAACUCAGCAGCUGACGAUGAAUCCAUCCAUUGCAUGUGCUGCAACAUCUACUCAAAAUGUAGCACAACAACAGCUAAUUGGCGGUGCUAUUUCCCCAUCACUUUUCACAACGCCAGCUCAGCAGAUUAUCAACAGCCACCAUACGCAACCGAUACAUGGAGGUCAAUUUUACUAGGAAUGUAUGAUGAACUCACCAGGCCAGCAUAUUAUCCAACCACCGUAACUCAAACACAUACAAUUAAAACAUAAAAAACACACACGAUACAUACACGCUUCAUCAUCGCAGUUCAUGUUCACAGCGAAAAUUCUAUUAAUAUUAUUUAAUUGUAUAUCGCUUUUUAUCGAGAUUGACCGAACAGGAACUAUAACGGUCCUGUGGACGAAUUAGAUUAUGUUUGAUAGUAGCAGGCUUUUAUUAUUUAAAAGUUUUGUUCUCUUUUAG